AUGGAUACAUCUUCCCAAAAACACCGCGUCAAAAAACGAGUCAAAAUUCGUCCCAGCACAGUAACAGUGAAAUACACUUCCCACUAUCCCCAGCCAGGGGAAGAGGGAUAUGAGGAUGUUAAUGAAGACACUGGAGUAUUUAUGGAGGAUAAUCCUAAGAGAAGACUGCUGAGUGACUGGAAGAAGAAAGAAAGGACCUUUUUUGGUACAAUAGACACCAAACUUCAGCCAGCACAACUGCCAAAACCCGAGGAGGUGGGGCAAUCCCAGCAUUUUUCUGAAGGAAAUGUACUGCAGUCACGCAGAACGUGGGUGGUCCUUUUUGGAUCUGCUGUAGCUCACGGAUGCGUGGCGCUCAUUACAAGAUUGAUCUCCGAUCGUUCCAAAGUGCCGUCCCUGGAGUUGAUCUUCAUCCGCUCGGUCCUACAGGUGCUGUCGGUCGCUGUUGUGUGUUAUUACCACGAGCCUCCCUUUGGCCCCAGAGGCUACAGGCUCCGGCUCUUCUUCUAUGGGGUCUGCAAUGUUAUCUCCAUUACCUGUGCCUACACCUCCUUCUCUAUAGUUCCUCCCAGCAACGGGACCCUUAUGUGGAGGGCUACCACCACAGUGUUCAGUGCCGUUUUGGCUUUUUUACUCAUGGACGAAGGAAUGGCUUGCGUAGACGUAAUUACUGUGGUUGGCAGCGUGUGUGGCGUUUGUCUGGUCAUGAUCCCCAACAUCCUUAACGAGGAGAACUCUUUGCUGGGCACCUGGAAGGAAGCUUUUGGCUAUACCAUGACCGUUAUGGCAGGUUUGACCACUGCUCUUUCCAUGAUAGUCUACAGGUCAAUCAAAGAUAACGUCAGCAUGUGGACAGCACUGUUCACCUUCAGCUGGACAGGGACGGUGUGGGGAGCAUCCACCAUGUUCUUACUUCAAGAGCCGAUCGUCCCGCUGGAUGGAGAGACCUGGAGCUACCUCCUCGCCAUCUGCCUGUGCUCCACUGCAGCCUUCCUAGGGGUCUACUACGCCCUCAGCAAGUUCCACCCCGCUUUGGUCAGCACGGUGCAGCACCUGGAGGUGGUCAUCGCCAUGAUCCUGCAGCUCCUGGUGUUGCGGAUCUUCCCAGGUGCUUACGAUCUUGUCGGGGGAGCGGUUAUUUUGGUUACUGUUUUUUUCCUGGCGUGUUACAAACUGUCCUGGAAGAAUUUAGGAAGACAAGAUUAUCAGGAGAUCGUGGAUUCUUCCAUCAAAUGA